AAAGAGUCAAAGUUAACAGCUCGGAUUUGCGGAGGGACUGGCAGUCCAGGCGGGACGAGCAGAGCUGAGGAUGGCUGCGCCCGGCUUCUUCCCGCUGCUGGUCGAGGGGUCCUGGGGCUCCGACCCCCCGAAGAACUUGAGCGCCAAGUUGCAGAUGUACUUCCAGAGCCCAAAGAGAUCGGGCGGCGGGGAGUGCGACGUUCGCCAGGUGUCCGGGAACCCGGCCCAUUUCCUGGUGCUCUUCCGGGAGAACGUUCGGCAGAAAGUUCUGGAGAGAGAGAACCACGAGUUAGUAUUACCAGGAAAAGGAACAUUCAAGUUAACUCUCCAGUUGCCCACAGAUGAUGUCCAUGAUGCCUCUGAGGGGAAAAGUCCAACAAAAGAAUCUAAGACCAAAGAAAAUGCCAAAGAACCAGAUGCGUCAAAAGAACUGGAUAAGAAAAACUCUCUCAACAGAAGGUCAGAAAAAAUGGAAGAUAGCCCAAAAGAAUGUGAAAAUAUUCCCUCUUUGGUUGCAUUUGAAAAUCUCAACACAAAUGUGACUGAUAUCAUGUUAAUCUUGUUGGUGGAGAACAUAAGUGGCCUGUCCAGUGAUGAUUUUCAAGUGGAAGUAAUACGAGAUUUUGAUGUUGCCGUCGUUACCUUUCUAAAAUAUAUAGAUCCCAUGCAAUUUGUUGAUGUUUGUGCCACACACCAUUCAGUGAAACACCUUCAGCUUUCUCCAAGACUUCUGGAGGAGACAAAAAGAAUCAGGGUCGAAAACCUGCCGCCUGGUGUUGAUGACUAUAAUCUGAAAUGUUUUUUUGAAAAUCCUCAAAAUGGAGGGGGAAAAAUUACCAGUGUUGAAUGUUUUCCUGAAGAGAGUUCAGCUCUGAUUGAAUUUUUUGACAGAAAAGUGUUAGGCACCAUCAUGACCAAGAAACAUUUCCUCAACAAUAUGCCACUCUCUGUGUUCCCAUACUAUACCUCUCUGGGCACAGCUUUAUAUGGAAAAGAAAAGCCUCUGAUCAAGCUUCCAGCACCAAUUAGAGAAUCUCUGGAUCUUCCGUUAUGGAAGUUCUUGCACAAAAAGAAUCACCUGAUUGAAGAGAUAAAUGAAGAAAUGAGACAUUGUCACUGUGAGUUAAUGUGGUCUCAACUCAAUGGCGAAGUUACCAUCAGACCUGAGGCCACCUUAGUCCAUCAAGGAAGACUAAGAAUCAAGAACUGGAAGAAAGAUGUUUUGACAGCAUUCUCUGGCAUCAGGUCUAGAUAUAAAGUUAUGCCAUUUAAAGCGGAUCCAAAAGUGUGGGAUACCAUAAAAAACGAUUUAGAAGAUGACGGGAUUUUGAUCGAGUUUGAUACAUUUAUGGGGAUUGUAACCUUAGUGGGGAAAUCAGAGGAUGUACAAAACAUUGAGCCAAAAAUCAAAGAAUUAAUUAAAAACGCCACUGAAAAAAUUAAAAGAGAAGAGCAAAGUGUGAAGGAGAAAGUGGCCAUUUCCCCAGGAAAGUAUUCUCUUUUACGCCACAGUGGUAUGCAGGAGCAUUUCCACAUGGAGUGCCCAGAGGUGGAAAUUUCUUAUGAUGAAGCCACUCAACACAUGUGCUUCAAAGGACUCAGUGCAGAUGUGUAUAAAUUAAAGUGUAAAAUCCAGGAAAAGGUUUACAACAUGGACCAGAAAAACAUUGAGCUUCCUCCUCAGGUUUUCCAGUUUUUGCAACAGGUUGACUGUGCAGAAUUCUCUAAGUCUCUUUUUAUAGCAGAGAAAAUUCUUGCAAGUUAUGACCUAAAGGGUACAACUGUUCUCUUAACCGGCUGUUCUUCUGAAGUCCUAUUAAAAGCUGAAAAGCAAAUGGUCAGUGCCUUAAAUUUUAAGUCAAUAGACAUUGAGGACAGGGAAUUUCUUAACAGCAGAAAAAAAAGUGCACACAAUUUGCAUAAGAAAUAUAAUUCUUCCUCAAUGACCGUAAUAAUCAAUGAGUUUAUCUCAGAAACCACAGCUGUGGUCAUCAUCGCAGGCUGUACGAGAGAAGUAAAUGACAUCUACAGCUUGCUUUUUGACUUUGUGGAAAAACACAUGAGAAUUGAGAGAUUGAUGGAAGUAAAGCCUCCCUUAGUUAUUGAUUAUUUAAAGGCAGAGAAGCUAUUCUUGCAAAGGAUAAAGAAGAUAAAUGUAAUUGUAAAUUUCAAUCCCGAAGAUAAACAAAAAGGCAUUUUACUAAUUGGCUCAAAGACAAAAGUCCUGGAGGGAAUGAAUAUCAUCAGGCAAGCCCAGGAUUCAGUUUGUAUUAAAAGCAUCAAUAUUGAUAAGCCAGGAGCCAGCCAGAUCUUCCAGGAUAAAGCAGGGUACUAUAAAAGUCAGGUCAAACAGUUUUUUGGUUGUUUUAUUCAACUACAGAAGAAUGAAGGAAAAGAGGAGGGAGGCGGCACUGGCGGGCAGAAGUGCUCCACUCAGGUGGACUUGGCCCCUGGAGUCUCACUGAUUGUACAGCUGGGUGACUUGACACGGUUUCCUGUCGAAGUGGUGGUAAAUUCAGCAAAUGAGGACCUCCGGCUGAGUGGUGGUCUCGCCGCAGCUCUUUCGAAAGCAGCUGGCCCUGAGCUCCAGGAAGACUGUGACAAGAUAGUGAAGGAAAGGGGCAAGAUCCUUCCUGGCCGUGCCACCAUCUCAAAAGCAGGAAGGCUCCCAUACCAUCAUGUGAUCCAUGCAGUAGGUCCCAAGUGGAAGAAGGAUGAUGCCCGGUGUUGUAUGCUCCUGUUACAGCAUGCCGUGGAACAAAGUCUCAUUUUGGCUGAACAUCACCAAUACCAAUCCAUAGCCAUCCCUGCCAUUAGCUCCGGGAUCUUUGGUUUUCCCUUACUCCAGUGUGUGGAGGCCAUCGUUUUGGCCAUCAAAGAAAACUUCCAAGGUAAGAGCGAUGGACGCACCUUGAAAAAGGUUUACCUUGUGGAUGCAGCUGAGAAGACUGUUGAGGCCUUUGCUGAAACUGUGAAAUCUGUAUUUAAAAACACCCUGCCUGGUACUGCUUCCUUGCCCAGUUUACCAGCAGCAGUUCAGCCCGGCUCGAGAGAAGAUCUUGAAAACAGACGAGUGCUCCCGUGCCCGGGAGGCCUGAGGAUCCUGUUGUUGAAAGCAGAUGUGCAGAAUGCUACGACCGAUGUUGUCGUCAACUCCGUUCCCUCGGAUCUUACGCUUAACAGAGGGCCCCUUUCUAGGGCCCUCUUGGAAAAAGCUGGGCCAAAGCUCCAGGAGGAACUGAACACAACUGGGCAAGGGAUGUCUAUUAAUGUGGGCACAAUUCUCCAAACCAGUGGUUGCAAUCUGCAUUGCCAGCGUGUGCUUCAUGUGGUGGCUCCGGACUGGCAAAAUGGCAGCGCAUCUUCACACAAGAUCAUGGAAGACAUAAUCAGAGAAUGUUUGACAAUCACUGAGAGCUUGUCCUUAAAAUCAAUUGCAUUUCCAGCCAUAGGAACAGGACAAUUGGGUUUUCCUAAAACUGUUUUUGCUGAAUUAAUUAUUUCAGAAGUUUUCAAAUUUAGUAGCAAGAAUCAACUGACAACUUUACAAGAGGUUUGCUUUCUGCUGCAUCCAAAUGAUCACGGGAAUAUUCAGGCAUUUUCAGAUGAAUUUGACAGAAGAGCUAAUGGAAAUUUCGUCUGUGACAAAAUCCCCAAGGCUGAAAAUACACAAGGUUUCUAUGGGACUGUUUCUAGCACUUCUUCAGGAGUGCAUGAAAUGAAAAUUGGCCCCAUCACCUUCCAGGUGGCCUCUGGAGAUAUUACAAAAGAAGAGGCAGAUGUGAUUGUAAAUUCAACAUCAAAGACAUUUAUUCUCAAAGCAGGGGUCUCCAAAGCAAUUUUGGAACAUGCUGGAAAAGAUGUGGAAACAGAAUGUAUUCGCCUAGGUCAACAGAGCAACAAUGGUUAUAUAAUUACUGAAGGUGGAUUACUGAAGUGCAAGAAUAUUAUUCACGUCAUUGGUGGAAAUGAUGUCAAGAAAUCAGUUUCCUGUGUUUUGCAGGAGUGUGAAAGACGGAAUUACUCAUCUGUUUGCCUCCCAGCCAUUGGGACAGGAAAUGCCAAACAAGACCCAGAUAAGGUUGCUGAAGCCGUAAUUGAUGCCAUUGAAGACUUUAUCCAGAAAGGAUCAGUCCAGUCUGUGAAAAAAGUUAAAGUUGUUAUCUUUCUGCCUCAAAUACUGGAUGUGUUUUAUGCCAACAUGAAAAAAAGAGAAGGAUCUCAGCCUUCUCCCCAACAGUCUGUGAUACAUAAACUUGCAUCAAUUUUUGGCUUCUCAAAGCCGUCUCCCUCCAAAAAACCUUCUUUGGUUUUGGAAAAGAAAAUAGAAUCAGCAAUUUUUCAGGUUUGUGGUAGAAAUGAAGAAUAUGUGGAAAAUGCCCUUGCCUGGAUACAGGAUGCGAUUGAAAAGGAACAGUUUCUGUACACCAGUGAAGAAGAACAUAUCAAAGACUUUCGUGAAAAGGAAUAUCAAGAAUUGACUAAGCUGCAGAAGAACUUAAAUAUUGCCAUUCACUUGGACACUGAAAGACCUUUGAUUGAAGUUUCAGGAAUUAGCAGAGAUGUGGAACAGGCUAGAAUUUCAAUUGAGAAAAUGAUGAAGACAGUUCGAUUGACCAAAGAGCAGGAAUUCAGAGCAGAUUAUAUCAGUGAAGUUAUAGCAUGGCAAUAUAAUGACAAUAACACUUUGCAUUAUUUUGACAAAGUAACCAAUCUGCAAUUGGAGGAUGCAAAGAAGAAAAAUAUAAAGACACUUGUUGUCAAAAUUAAUCAUCAGAAGUACACAGUGGACUUGAACACAUACGUUGCUACAGAUGCAAAGGGACACAGCUUACCUGUUCAGCGCCUCAAGAAAACUAACAUUGAGAUCCCUGUGCACUGGAGUGAUAUGAAGCAGCAGGAUAUCUGUCUUGUUGAGCUACAACCUGGUCAUGUAGAAUAUGAUAUGGUGGCAAACAAGUUUAAGGAGACCUGCUCACAAUUCCAGAUAGAAAAGAUUGAGAGGAUCCAGAAUCCAAGUCUCUGGGAGAGCUACCAGACACAGAAAAGGAUCAUGGACACCAAAAAUCGUAAUAUAACAAAUGAGCGGCAGCUCUUCCAUGGGACAGAUGCUGACUCAUUGCCACAUGUCAACCAACAUGGCUUUAACCGCAGUUAUGCUGGAAAGAAUGCUGUGGCAUAUGGAAAGGGAACCUAUUUUGCUGUCAAUGCCAGUUAUUCUGCCAAUAAUACAUACUCCAGACCAGAUGCAAAUGGGAAAAAGCACAUGUAUUAUGUGCGAGUACUUACCGGAGUCUACACACGUGGAAAUAGCACACUAGUUCAGCCUCCUCUGAAGAACCCUCAAAAUCCUAUGGACCCUGACCGUUAUGACACUGCCACAGAUAACGAGCAAAAUCCAAAUUUAUUUGUGGUAUUUUAUGACCACCAUUCUUACCCAGAGUUUCUCAUUACUUUUAAACAAUAACAUUUUGGUAUCCUUCAUAAAAGACAUUGUUCACCUAUACCUAUCUAAUUGUAAAACAAGUUUUAGAUGUUUUCCUUAACAGCUUUUUCUAAGAUCAAAGGAUCCCUGCCACUGAAAUCAGACUUUCUUCGGCUUCUCUUUCAUAACUGGAAUGAACCUAUCUUGAAAGCAAUAAAUUUGAGAAUUUAAAUCGGA